UUUUGUUUUUUAAAUUCUGCCCAGACAUCUGAGGGAAUGCAGAACAGCAGUGAAGCUGACAGAGGCGGGCUGAAGCACCCCUUCCCUUGUCAUGGUUUAAUCCCUGCUGAAACUUCAGGGUCAACUCCCACCUCUGCCCUCUGAAUAUCCCAAGUCAAAGUGUGGGGAUUUGUCUUUUCUUCUUUUUUUUCUCACAGUCUGUAGUGCCACCUCCACUCGCUUUGCAAGUCGGCUUCUCUCUGCUCCUUUCCCCCCCUCGGUGCAGAAAGAAGAAUGUCUUUGCCUUGGACAGCUAUACUUUUGCUGACUUUCCUACCACUUCUGGAGACCACUGGGAAGGAAGGCGCUGCUGGCUCAUUUCUUCAAGAACCUUAUCAUUCGUUUUCCGGGAGAGAGCAAAGGGCUGCAGACAGCCUUGUAAGAAGGCAUUUCAUCUCCAAAGAUGGCAUGAUAGGAGAACUGGACAGGGUGAGAUGGUUGGGAUCUAUUGGCAGUUAUAAGGGGCAACUGUUCUCGGAAGACCUGUUGAAGUGGAAGAGGACACGCAGGGGAACAGAAGAUGAAGAAUCAAAGCCAGUUCAGCAAUAUGUUCCAGGAGUCAAAGUUGAGUUUCCUCGGCCUGCGAACCCUGCCAACUUACGGCCAACCAAGGCCCUGGUGCCAUCCAGCACAGAUCCAUCUGAACGCCACCAAAAAAGUCCGGCAGUCCAUGAGGGCACAGAGCCCCAAGACAACAUCACUGUGGCAUUGGGAAGGCGCCCUCAGAUCCAAAACCCUCUGUACCCAGUGACGGAGAGCUCUUACAGUGCUUAUGCUGUCAUGUUCCUGUCCCUUAUCGUCUUUGCUGUGGGCAUCAUCGGCAACCUCUCGGUGAUGUGUAUCGUCUGGCACAACUACUACAUGAAAAGUGCCUGGAACUCCAUUUUAGCCAGCCUUGCCUUCUGGGACUUCCUUAUCCUUUUCUUUUGCUUGCCUGUGGUCAUCUUCAAUGAGAUGACCAAGAAGAGGCUUCUGGGGACCAUCUCCUGUCGCAUUGUGCCCUUCAUGGAGGUGUCUUCCUUGGGAGUAACCACCUUCAGUCUCUGUGCCUUGGGCAUUGACAGAUUCCAUGCUGCCACCAGUCCGCAAGCCAAACUCCGGCCCAUUGAGCACUGCCACUCUAUUAUUGCCAAGUUGGCUGUCAUCUGGGUGGGUUCCAUGACCCUUUCCAUACCUGAAAUCAUGCUGUGGCAGCUGGCACAGGAUACCUCUCCAAUCUCGGGUGUAGUAACCGACUAUUGCACCAUGAAACCUUCCCAGGAGCUACCUGAGUCCAUAUACUCUUUGGUCCUUACUUACCAAAAUGCCAGGAUGUGGUGGUAUUUUGGAUGCUACUUCUGUCUGCCCAUACUCUUCACUGUCAGCUGCCAGCUAGUCACCAGAAGGAUCAGUAGCACAGAUAAGACCGAUUGCCGUGGUGGGAAGCACGGGCAGUGUGAGAACCAACUCAAUUGCACAGUGAUUGGCUUAACAGUAAUCUACGGUCUCUGCAUAAUUCCUGAGAACGUCAGCAAUAUCGUUGUAGCCUACCUGUCUCCGGACAUGGCUAAACAGACCUUGGACCUGCUCAGCCUCGUGAACCAAUUCUUCCUGUUCUUCAAGUGCUCAGUGACACCUGUGCUGCUUCUGUGCCUCUGCAAACCUCUGGGCCAGGCCUUCAUGGACUGCUGCUGUUGCUGUUGCGAGGAGUGUAAUCAGGAAGCUGCCUCCAGUGAGGCUGGCUCUGACGGCAAGCUGAAAACUGAGAUGUCCUCUUCGAUCUUCUUUGACAAGCCUCGAGAGUCACCUCCCCCUGUAGGGGCCGUUGGAACCCCUUGCUAAGCUCAAUCAGUCCAUCCAGGGAGCAUUAGCAUUUUUCCACCAGGUUCUCCCGAGACCAAAAGCUGUCUUUUUUCUCUCUCUUUAGUUAUCAACUGGCUGGAGAUGCAGCUGGUGCCACCCAUGAGUUUGUUCCAACGCUAGCUCCAAUAAGAGUGACUUAGUGAUGAGACCAUACAGACCGUUCUCUUAUCUGCCGAACAGUUAGUUCUCAAGGCUGUGAAUGCCUCGAAAAAACCCCCAAGGUCCUAGGCAUGAUCAGAGAUGCUGCCACCUCCAAUGAGGGAAGUGCUGAGUAAAGUUCCAUCUGCAGUCCUCUCAAGGACCAAGAAAUCAGAGUGCCUUAGAGAGGACAUAGCACACAUUAACCUCUGCUGCAGAAUCUCACUAUCCCCUUCUCCACUCCAGUGGUGUCAUACUUUUCCAAAAUUUAGCCCAGACAACCUCAUAUACACAAGUUAAGCAUUACCCUAGCAUCAAUAAACCGAUAAACUAGAUAGAA